AUUUGUUUGACAGUUCUAUCCAAAGACAAUAAAAAUCGACGCCGGUUGUGGCGGAUUGGUUUAGCUGUGAAUUAUUGUAAUUUAGUGUUUAAAAUAAAUCUUCAAAAUGGCAUACAAAGGACCACCAAAAGUUCAAAAGGUGAUGGUGCAACCCAUCAACCUUAUCUUCAGAUAUCUGCAGAAUAGAAGUCGUGUACAAAUCUGGCUUUACGAGAACGUAAAUCUAAGGAUCGAGGGUCACAUUGUUGGGUUCGAUGAAUACAUGAAUAUUGUUUUGGACGAAGCCGAAGAAGUACAUAUGAAGACCAAGAAUCGCAAACAAAUUGGGCGUAUAAUGAUGAAAGGAGAUAAUAUUACUCUUAUACAGAACGUUAAUCCGAACGCGUCAGUGUGAAGUUAGGUUAUAAUAACAUAAAAAUGCGAAAUGAACAUUCCUAGCUAAUAAGUGCGGCGGUUUCCAAUGUAUUAUGUAUUAUACACAAACAUCAGUGAUUCUGUCAUUAAAUUUAAGUAAACCAAA